AUGGAGUACUUGGAAGAUGGAGGGGAAAGGCAAUCUUUGGCCAGACAUACACUGCCCAGAAGUUCUUCCAUUUGUUCUCUACUCGAGGCUUCAGAGGCCAUAGAGCACGUCAGAGUGGGUUCUUUCUAUCAGAUCGACCACUCCAAGCUCACCCCUAAAACCCCAUAUCAGCUUAACUCGAUCCGGGUCGUCAUGGUGAGUGAGAAGACGGAGCUUAAUGUAGCAGUGAGGUACCCAAGCACUUACUCUCUUCGUACGCACUUCAGCGAUGGGAACUGUGGGAAACUGGAGGGGAAGAAGCUCCCUGCUCUGACCGAGAAAUACAUAAUGGAUUCAGACCUGGCUGGAGACGUGCUUUACCGAAGAAUACCACCCCAGGAAAUUGCAGAAAAGCAAAACUCGUGGAGCUUCUGGUUGGUGCCUUCUACGGUGGCUGAGAAAGACUCGGGCCCAGCCUUGAGGACUAGGCUCAGAAAUGCGGUUUCUAAAAACGGUUUGUGCUGGUCUGACCUCAAACUCACCGGGAUGGUCCAGUGGGGUAAGCGUAAGCAGGUCCGGUUUCUAGGCAAUCUCGGAGAGCAAAAUGUUGAAACCUUAUCGAGGAAGGCGAAAGAUGAAGAAGAAGAAGAAGAAGAAGAAGAAGAAGGGAAAGGAGAUGAGGAUGAGAUAGAAGAAAUUGAAGAAGGUCUAAAGGUAGAGUCGUCUAAGACAAGGAAGAAUCUUAAGAGAAACUGUCAUGGUUCAAGCAGAGCUCAAAAACCCAAAAGAGCAAAGCAUGAGAAGCAAUGCCAGAUCCAGGUUUACAAUCAGAGUAAGAAGAAAAAGCUCAAAGAAUCCAUUGAAAGAUGGUCUGUUGAGAGGUAUAAGUUGGCUGAGGAGAACAUGUUGAAGAUUUUGAAGGCAGAACGAGCUGUCUUUGGGAACCCUAUAUUAAGGCCAGCUCUGAGAACGGAGGCAAGGAAGCUCAUCGGCGAUACUGGUUUGUUAGACCAUUUGCUGAAGCAUAUGGCUGGAAAAGUGGCGCCCGGUGGGGCUGAGCGGUUCAGGCGGCGGCACAAUGCUGAAGGGGCCAUGGAGUAUUGGCUGGAGAGUGCUGAUCUAGUAAAUAUCAGAAAGGAAGCUGGGGUUCAGGACCCUUAUUGGACUCCACCACCUGGAUGGAAGCCUGGAGAUAGCCCCUCCCAGGAUCCCAUUUGUGCCAGAGAGCUAAGGGAUCUCAAGGAAGAAAUUGCCAAAAUACAAAAGGGUAUGCAGGAGCUAGAGACCAAGAAGCAAGAGGAGAAUCUAGCUAUUGUCCCUAUCCCAACCUCUUCUGUGACGACUCUGACAUGGGACCUUAAAGCUUCAUUGAUUCCAUUGAAGGAAAUGCAUAUUGAAUUGAUGAAUAGGAAAUCUAAGAUUGAAAAACAGCUGAUGGAAAUUUCACAAUCUUUGAGCGGAAUGGAGGAGUUAAUGGGGAUGCUGAAAUCAAGAAUGGAGGAACCAAUCAUGUCAGAAACAGAAGCACCACCGCCAUUAUUGAUAGGAUCGCCAACAACAACAUCCGACACUGAAAGAGAGAGAAAAGAUCAGGUGGAACAAAACAACAAAUCAGCAGUAGAAGUGACAGCAACAGAGGACAAGGCAGCAAAGAUAGAAAGGCUAAAGAGCGGGUUCAGGAUUUGCAAGCCACAGGGUACCUUCCUGUGGCCAAACAUGGCCACGUCCCCUCAGUCGUCGUCUGUGGUCCACCUUGAAGACCUCCUUGUAGUCCGGACCCCACCCUCAGCCUCUUCCGCCACCUCCGCUGCCCACCUCCUCCUUCCAUGUAAGCCCCACCACCCAACUUCACCUGUCAAACCAUUGGCUGAGAGGCUACCAGCUGUCAGCAAUAUUGCCGGCAUUCUUAACAGUCUCGCUACACCCGCCCCAUCUCCUCCUCCUCCUCCACCUGAGACCCCACAAACCACUUUCAAGGGCUGUGUCAUCAACCUCAAUGAACCCCCUCAGAUCCAACACAGCGACACAGCUGGCUUCUGUGGGAGUGGGACCAUCACCUACCAAAGACGCCACCAUAACAUUACCUCCGAUGCUUCAAUGCCAAGUUUGGCAAUGGGUAAGAAAGAUCAGGACGAGGAAACAGAAGCAAAGGACAUCAUGACAAGCAACUGUGAUGAGCAGCAGCAAACUCCUUGUGGAGGUUGCUCCUCUUCCACCUCCAACUCCUCGUGUUUUCCAUCAGGAGAAAGCUUGUGGUUGGCUCUGGCUACUUCCAACCCAUCAUCGUAUUUGAAAAAGUCUAAUCGGGGUUGA